UUUAUGUUCAAAAAUUUUAUAAAAAAGGAGGCCUUAUGUGAAUUACAUCAAAGCUAAAUAUAAUUUUUAAAUAUUUCCAAUGAUUCACUAAAAGGAAAAAGAGCUUUGUGUGAAGAAUGCGAUUUAGAUAAACCAAUUAGCUUGAAAAAAGGAUAACAAAUUUUAAAUAAUCUAGAAGAAUUUGUUAAAUAAACAAUUUAGUAAAGAACAACUUAAAUAUAUUAAACAAUCAAUUCUGAAAUAGAAAAUUUAGAAAAAGAAUUUAAAUAGUUCAUGUUUAGGAUUAAAAAUUAAAUAAAUGAAAUUAUAAAAAAUAAUGCACUUACCCCAUUUGAGAAAUAUAAAGAAUAGGAAGUUUUUACAACUUCUAAUUAUCAAGAUAUUGCUGAACUUUUAUAAAGUUACUAUUCUAUCAAGGAGAAUAAAUAUAUUAUAACAGAAGGAUUAGAAAAAUGUGUUCAAAAUGUUAUAAAAAAUUAUCAAUAACAUCUCAAAGAAAUCUAGCAGACAAGAAAAUAUUUUCAAUAAAGUUGCAAUUCUUAUGAAAUUAAUAAUGAAUAUGUAGAGAUUUAGAUAUAUGAAGAAGUUUAACUCAUAGAAUGUAAUUUAGAAACAAACUUAAAAUACAUAUUUGAUUUGUUCUACUGUAAUUAAGAUAGCUAGGAUUUAAAGUGUUAUUAUAAAAAUAAAUUAAUCGAAAAUAUGAAUUAAACUUUGAGAGAAAUUAAAUAGUAAGAUUAAAGUAACAUUAUGCCUUUAAUUAUCAAGAGAGUUAUUUGA